UCAGCCGGUCCAGUCCCCAAGGCGGUGGGCACUGGGGACGCAGGGAGGAGAGAGCAGCGGGGUGGGGGAGCAGGAGACAGUGAGACCACCAGGAAAGCCAUGGAGCCGUCCUCACCCCAGGAUGAGGGCCUGAGGAAGAAACAGCCCAAGAAGCCCGUUCCUGAGAUUCUGCCAAGGCCACCCCGGGCCUUGUUCUGCUUGACCCUCCAGAAUCCUCUGAGGAAGGCCUGCAUCAACAUCGUGGAAUGGAAACCCUUUGAGACGAUCAUCUUGCUCACCAUCUUUGCCAACUGUGUGGCCCUGGCUGUGUACCUGCCCAUGCCAGAAGAUGACAACAACACUCUGAACCUUGGCCUGGAGAAACUGGAGUAUUUCUUCCUCAUUGUGUUCUCGAUUGAAGCCGCCAUGAAGAUCAUUGCCUACGGCUUCCUCUUCCACCAGGAUGCCUACCUGCGCAGUGGCUGGAAUGUGCUAGACUUCAUCAUUGUCUUCCUGGGGGUUUUCACCGUGAUUCUGGAACAGGUUAACGUCAUCCAAAGCAACACAGCCCCAAUGAGCAGCAAAGGGGCUGGUCUGGACGUCAAGGCCCUGAGAGCCUUCCGCGUGCUCAGACCCCUCCGGCUGGUGUCCGGGGUCCCGAGCCUGCAGGUGGUCCUCAACUCCAUCUUCAAGGCCAUGCUGCCCCUGUUCCACAUCGCCCUGCUUGUCCUCUUUAUGGUCAUCAUCUACGCCAUCAUCGGGCUGGAGCUCUUCAAGGGCAAGAUGCACAAGACCUGCUACUUCAUUGGGACAGAUAUCGUGGCCACAGUGGAGAACGAGAAGCCCUCACCCUGCGCCAGGACGGGCUCGGGGCGCCCAUGCACGAUCAAUGGCAGCGAGUGUCGGGGCGGCUGGCCGGGGCCCAACCACGGCAUCACCCACUUCGACAAUUUCGGCUUCUCCAUGCUCACCGUGUACCAGUGCAUCACCAUGGAGGGCUGGACCGACGUCCUCUACUGGGUCAAUGAUGCCAUCGGGAACGAGUGGCCCUGGAUCUAUUUUGUCACCCUCAUUCUGCUGGGAUCCUUCUUCAUUCUCAACCUGGUGCUGGGUGUCCUGAGCGGGGAAUUCACUAAGGAGCGGGAGAAGGCCAAGUCCAGGGGAACCUUCCAAAAGCUCCGGGAGAAGCAGCAGCUGGAGGAGGACCUCCGGGGCUACAUGAGCUGGAUCACGCAGGGCGAGGUCAUGGACGUUGAGGACUUGAGAGAAGGGAAGCUGUCUUUGGAUGAAGGAGGCUCCGACACAGAGAGCCUGUAUGAAAUCGAGGGCUUGAACAAAAUCAUCCAGUUCGUUCGCCACUGGAGGCAGUGGAACCGCAUCUUUCGCUGGAAGUGCCAUGACGUGAUCAAGUCCAAGGUCUUCUAUUGGCUGGUGAUCCUGGUCGUUGCCCUCAACACCCUGUCAAUCGCCUCCGAGCACCACAACCAGCCUCUGUGGCUGACCCACUUGCAAGACGUGGCCAACCGGGUGCUGCUGGCCCUCUUCACCAUCGAGAUGCUGAUGAAGAUAUACGGGCUGGGACUGCGUCAGUACUUCAUGUCCAUCUUCAACCGCUUCGACUGCUUCGUGGUGUGCAGCGGCAUCCUGGAGAUCCUGCUCGUGGAAUGGGGCGCCAUGAGCCCCCUGGGCAUCUCCGUGCUGCGCUGCAUCCGCCUCCUUAGGAUCUUCAAGAUCACCAAGUACUGGACAUCUCUGAGCAACCUGGUGGCGUCCCUGCUCAACUCCAUCCGCUCUAUCGCCUCCUUACUGCUGCUGCUCUUCCUCUUCAUCAUCAUCUUCGCCCUGCUGGGCAUGCAGCUCUUCGGGGGCAGGUAUGACUUUGAGGACAUGGAGGUGCGGCGCAGCAACUUUGACAACUUCCCGCAGGCCCUCAUCAGUGUCUUCCAGGUCCUGACAGGUGAAGACUGGAACUCCAUGAUGUAUAAUGGGAUCAUGGCCUACGGCGGACCGUCCUACCCGGGGGUGCUAGUGUGUGUUUAUUUCAUCAUCCUUUUCGUCUGUGGCAAUUAUAUCCUGCUCAAUGUCUUCCUGGCCAUCGCUGUGGACAACCUGGCUGAGGCCGAGAGCCUGACUUCUGCCCAGAAGGCCAAGGCUGAGGAGAGAAAGCGCAGGAAGAUGUCCAAGGGUCUCCCAGACAAGUCAGAGGAGGAGAAAUCAGUGAUGGCCAAGAAGCUGGAACAGAAACCCAAGGGUGAGGGCAUCCCUACCACCGCCAAGCUGAAAAUCGAUGAAUUUGAAUCUAAUGUCAAUGAAGUGAAGGAUCCCUACCCUUCAGCUGACUUCCCAGGCGAUGAUGAAGAAGAUGAGCCUGAGAUUCCCGUGAGCCCCCGACCACGCCCCCUGGCUGAGCUGCAGCUGAAAGAGAAGGCAGUACCCAUUCCAGAAGCCAGCUCCUUCUUCAUCUUCAGCCCCACCAACAAGAUCCGUGUCUUGUGUCAUCGUAUUGUCAAUGCUACCUGGUUCACCAACUUCAUCUUGCUCUUCAUCCUGCUCAGCAGUGCUGCACUGGCCGCUGAGGACCCCAUCCGGGCCGAGUCUGUGAGGAAUCAGGUGAUGGUGGACCCCUGCUUUCUGCCAGCACGGCACCCCUCCCCACCCCAGGCCUCAGCCACCCGCACACUUCACUCUGGUGCUCAGAGUUCAAUGUAUGUUCUACGUGGCCGUAGGCCAUCAGAGAGGCCCCAGAAGGACAGGCAUUGGGCCUGGCUGCAGCCUCACUGGGCCCGGGGCCCAGUUCCUGCUGCCUGUCCUGAGAACGGGCUUAGCGUACUGCUUGGCCCACGUCCCUCCUUUUGGCCCAACAAACCCAGAGCCCUGAGCCUGAGGAGGAUCGGGCACUUAGUGCCCAGCAGGGGCCAUGAGGUGGGGCUGGAGCUCCUCUCUGCCAUGGACAUCUCCCCGGCACACACACAUUGUCCCUCCCACCCCGCCUGCUCCUUACCCCUCUGAGGUGCCACCUCCAGACUGACCUCUGGGGCUGCUGGCCCGCAGGACCCAGACGAGAGUGCCCGCAUCUCCAGCGCCUUCUUUCGCCUGUUCCGGGUCAUGAGGCUGAUCAAGCUGCUGAGCCGGGCGGAGGGAGUGCGCACUCUACUGUGGACCUUCAUCAAGUCCUUCCAGGCCCUGCCCUAUGUGGCUCUGCUCAUCGUCAUGCUCUUCUUCAUCUACGCGGUCAUCGGCAUGCAGAUGUUUGGUAAGAUCGCCAUGGUGGACGGGACCCAAAUAAACCGCAACAACAACUUCCAGACCUUUCCACAAGCUGUGCUGCUGCUUUUCAGGUGUGCGACAGGAGAGGCAUGGCAGGAGAUCCUGCUGGCCUGCAGCUACGGCAAGUUGUGUGACCCUGAGUCAGAUUACGCCCCGGGUGAGGAGUCCACGUGCGGCACCAACUUCGCCUACUACUACUUCAUCAGCUUCUACAUGCUCUGUGCUUUCCUGAUCAUCAACCUCUUUGUUGCUGUCAUCAUGGACAACUUUGACUACCUCACACGGGACUGGUCCAUCCUGGGCCCUCAUCACCUGGAUGAGUUCAAGGCCAUUUGGGCAGAGUAUGACCCAGAGGCGAAAGGCAGAAUCAAACACUUGGAUGUGGUGACUCUGCUGAGACGGAUCCAGCCCCCUCUGGGCUUCGGGAAGUUCUGCCCCCACCGGGUGGCAUGUAAGCGGCUGGUGGGUAUGAACAUGCCCUUGAACAGCGAUGGCACGGUCACCUUCAAUGCCACACUCUUCGCUCUGGUCCGCACGGCACUCAAGAUCAAGACGGAAGGUAACUUUGAGCAGGCCAAUGAGGAGCUGAGGGCCAUCAUCAAGAAGAUCUGGAAGAGAACCAGCAUGAAGCUCCUGGACCAGGUCAUUCCUCCAAUAGGAGAUGAUGAGGUGACUGUAGGGAAGUUCUACGCCACGUUUCUCAUCCAGGAGCACUUCCGGAAGUUCAUGAAGCGCCAGGAAGAGUAUUAUGGGUAUCGGCCCAAGAAGGACACUAUACAGAUCCAGGCCGGACUGCGGACCAUUGAGGAAGAGGCAGCCCCAGAGAUCCGCCGCACCAUCUCAGGAGACCUGACAGCGGAAGAGGAGCUGGAGAGAGCCAUGGUGGAGGCUGCGAUGGAGGAAGGGAUAUUCCGGAGGACUGGAGGCCUCUUUGGCCAGGUGGACAACUUCCUGGAAAGGACCAACUCCCUGCCCCCUGUCAUGGCCAACCAGAGACCCCUCCAGUUUGCUGAGAUAGAGAUGGAAGAGCUGGAAUCGCCUGUCUUCUUGGAGGAUUUCCCUCAAGAUCCAAGCACCAACCCUCUUGCUCAUGCCAAUACCAACAAUGCCAACGCCAACAUCGCCUAUGGCAACAGCAACCAUAGCAACAGCAUCCACUACGAAAGGGAGUUCCCUGGAGAGACAGAGACACCUGCUGCCAGAGGAGGAGCCUCUGGCCAACCCCGAAGGGUCCUGGGACCCCACAGCAAAUCCUGUGUGGAAAAGCUAAAAGGACAGCUGACCCAGAGAGAAAUGCCCAGAUCCCAGGCAUUUCCUGCCCCCUGCCAGCGUGCCAGGGCCGAGUCUCCCCUGCCUGAGGAGAGGAGGAGCCCCACCCCAGGGUCUCUGCCUGAGGAAGCAACCCACAGCCGUAGGACCAAGGAGAGCAGUCCUCGGUGCCAGACUCCAGCGACAGCCCAGCUGAUUCAAGAGGCUCUGGUUCGAGGGGGCCUGGACACCUUGGCGGCUGAUGCUGACUUUGUCCUGGUGACCGGCCAGGCCCUGGCAGAUGCCUGCCAGAUGGCACCAGAGGAAGUAGAGGUGGCAGCCACAGAGCUACUGAAAAGACAAGGGUCCCCAGAGGGUCCGGCCAGUGCCCUUGGACGCUGGAGCCUCAGGUCCUCUCUGGGCAGCCUUGACCUGCAUCAGGGCUCCCAGGAGACCCUGAUCCCCCCCAGGCUGUGAAGGCCCGCCCAGCAGCAGCAUGGGCUUAGACCUAGCAAGCCCCACGGCGAGGGAGGGGUUGCUGGGGCAGAGAAGGGUUAGCCCAGCACGGUGGCCCCGCGCUCUCUCCCCAGCUCAAUGGAUGGGCUGAGUAGGGGCAGUCAGGAACCACUGCAAAAAGUCGGGAAGAAGUAGAUUGACAUGGGGCGCCUGGGUGGCUCAGUCGUUAAGCGUCUGCCUUCGGCUCAGG